GCGGCCGGACGAUGAGCGCGCGCUAGAGGAUGAAGGAUGGUCGCGCGGGUGAAUGUGCGCGCAUGGCCCGAUGCUCAGACCGCGGGGGUGUCGCCGUGGAGGGGAACCGCGACCGGGACCAGGAGGAGCACCGGGAGGUUCUGUCCGUGCACGAGGUGCUGCGUUCGUACGAGCAGCCGCUGAAUGAGGAGCAGGCCUGGGCCGUGUGUUACCAGUGCUGCAGGGGGGCGCGCCAUCACCCCGCCCGGUACCGAGCAGACGGACCCGAGUCCAUCCUGCUGCACCGGGACGGUACCGUCACCCUGCGCUCCAGAACCCACAUCCGGACCCACAGCGGAACCCUCACCUGUCCAGACGAUGGAGACGCUGGAGCUUUACCGGCCGUCCAGGAGAGCCAGUUGGUGCAGACCAUGGGCGUGGCCAUCUACCGGGCUCUGGACUGGGGCCUGGCCGAGAGUGAGGAGCGCGAGCUGAGCCCACAGCUGGAGCGGCUGAUCGAACGCAUGGUGGCGGGUGAGGAUGGCGAGUCGGGUGAAUGUGGCACCGCGGUGAAGGAUGAGGGGUACAGCGGCCCCGAGGAUGAAGAUGAGGAGGAGGAGGAGGAGGAUGAGGAGGAUGAGGAGAGGAGCAGGCGUGCAGUACGCACUCUACACCAGGUGAUGGCGCUGUGUGCCAGGAGGCUGGCGGAUCCGGCGGUGGCGGCGGAACAUUACCAGUCGGUGUGCAGGGCGCUGUUCCUCGAGACUCUGGAGCUUCAGACCUUCCUCAGCAGGAUCAGAGACGCCAAGGAGGUGAGAGGAGGAGCUACCACCCACUCCAGAGACCCCACAGUCCAGUCAUCAGCAGUUACACACCUGUGUGUGUCUGUGUGUGUGUGUGUGUGUGUGUGUGCCUGUGUUUUUAUAUACUGGUGGUGACCUGACUUUAUUUAAAGGUCCCCACGGGGUCGGUUGACCGGACCAAAAGUGUGUGUGUAUAGGUGGUGUGUGUCGAAUUGCGCCCCUGGAGGCCAAAACGAGAACAAGUGUGUGUAUAGCUUUUUAUGGUCACAAUGCAAACGGAACAUUUUAUUUAUUUAUUUAUUUUUAGAAUUUAAAUUUGUAUUAGAUUUUUGACAUGAAUAUGGUAUUCAGCAAACAAGAAGGAAAUAACAAAAAACAAACAAAAAGCAAGAAAGGAAAAAAAAAAGAAUAAACAAAUACACAAUUACAUUUACAAUCAGGCAGGAAUACAGGGUAUCGAUGAUUGAGACAGAAAAAUAAAUAAACAAGGCAUCUGCUAGUCACAUCGACAAAUAAACAAUUGUACACCAUCUCCGGUACUUUUAUGUCCAUUCAUCAGUGUCUUCACAAGGUUUGGCUGUGCCCUCCAGACAAGUAUUUACUGAAACUAUCCCACUGUUCCAUGAUGUUAUCGCUCGUCCAAUUCAAUCUGCCCAGCAUCUUCUCACAUGCCACACUCUCCAUCAUUACAGUCUUCCACAAAUUCAGUGUAGGAGUUUGAGGUUCCUUCCAACACCUUAAGAUUACUCGAGCACAGGUUAAUAGUCCAGUUUUUAAUAUCCUAAACGUAGGCUUGCUUAGGUGUGGCACUUGAGAUUUGUUCCCAAGGAGACACAGUCCUGGUGAUCUGGACAGGUCACAUCUCAACCAUUUACUCAUAAAGUCUAAUACAUUCAUCCACAAAAGUAAAACUUUAGGACAUUCCCAUAGAGCAUGCAUAAAUGUACCACGUUCUUUUCUACAUUUCCAACAUAAAUCGUCUUUUAUUAGGCCCAGUCUAUGAAGUCUUGUUGGAGUAUAAUAGUAUCUAUGAAUUAUUUUAUAUUAAAUAAAUUUGCCUUUGGCUUCUCUGAUAU